CAAGCCAUUGUCCCUCGACCGCACAUAAACAUGCCUCUCCUCGGAAAGAAGUUCGGCGCACCCGUCGCCCGGCCCAUGCUCCCAUUCUACGUCUCCGGUCUCGUCAUCCUCUACGGCGUCAACGCUUUCGCGAACACAUUGGCAGCGACCGACGAGUACAAGAACGACCCUCGAAACCCGGCCCUCAAGAACAAGGACCCCAACGCUGGCCACUAAAUGCGAUUUACCAUGACGUUCAACCAUUCCAGCGACUAAAGGGCAUGUUAAGGACAAUGUACAAUAGCUGUGCACAAGGACCGGGGGAACUUUUGAGAUGGGCUGUAUAGAACUCCAGAUGAAUCACAAUCCCAUGGCUUAACUCGCCCAACAUCCCGGCAUCAGACAGGACUUGCACUGACUAUAUUCGAAUUCCUUUUCUUCCCAUGUCUCACCCACCCGCAUUUAUAUAACGAAUCCCUGAGACCUGGUGUGGUCUGAGGUGUUAGAAUCGCACAUCUCGGCCUGCGAUGCGUGAAGUACACGGAAAGAACCACUGUGUCUAUCCUUACCUUGUCUAGGUGCUGAAUGUAGUACAUC